CGUGUGUCCUAAAUAGUUUAUUUAAAACGUUCAGUCGCGCUCAGAAAUCUCGCGAUGAAGGUUCUUUUUAUUUUUUCGCUUUGUGUGGUGCUUGGCGUUGAUGGGAGAUUGACUGAACUGGAUCCAGCAUGGGGCGAUGUUAUAGCCGCGGGAGGAAUGCACAUCGGUCAUGGCCGAACUAAGCGAUUUGUUGAACUUAAUCAAGCACAACCCAAUAUCCCUCACCAGGCGUGUCUCCUACCGGGUGGUAAGACUGGACACUGUCGUCAUCUACAUUACUGUGUGCAGGAUGAAUUUAAGAGAGACUUCAUGAAGUUCAUGGAUUACCUUUGCAUCAUACAGCAUUCGGCUAUAGGAGUUUGCUGUCCAGAUUCCUUCGUAGAGGGAUCUUCUGAAGCUGUCGCAGGCGACCUGCCCGCCACCGCGCCGCGUGAUGAAAACGAAAUCAAUUUUAAGAUAUCCAAAGCAGAGAAUAGAGGUUGCGGCCUCAGCACCCGGGCCCAAGGCCGUCUGACUGGAGCGCGGCCUGCCGUCCCACGCGAGUGGCCUUGGAUGGCCUCGGUCACGCCCGAGGGCUACGAGCAGUACUGCGGAGGAGCACUCAUCACCGACAGACACGUGCUCACUGCAGCUCACUGUACUAGGCGAUGGAAAGCUGAAGAAUUGUCCGUCCGUCUUGGGGAAUACGAUCUGAAGAGGACCAAUGACUCAAGAUCGUAUAACUUCAGGGUGAUUGAGAUACGUCAACACGAAAUGUAUGAGCACUCGAACUACCACAACGAUAUAGCGAUACUGAAGCUGCAUCGGCCAGCCGUGUUCAACACCUAUGUGUGGCCCAUCUGUCUACCUCCGAGGGGCUUGCAGCUGGAUAAUGAGCUAUCUACAAUUGUUGGCUGGGGAACAUUAUGGUACGGAGGACCAAACAGUAAUGUUCUGAUGGAAGUAUCAGUGCCGGUGUGGAACCAUGACGAGUGUGUUAAUUCGUUCACUGACUCGGUCUUCGACGAGACGAUCUGCGCUGGCGGUCGCGAAGGUGGAAAAGAUGCUUGUCAGGGUGACAGCGGCGGUCCUUUGAUGUACCAGGUGUCAAGUGGUCGGUGGUCAAUCAUCGGCAUUGUAUCCUGGGGGGUGAGAUGUGGAGAGAAGAGUCACCCUGGUCUCUACACCAAGGUUGAUAUGUACCUCGAGUGGAUACUGCAGAACACAAUCUUCUAAAACCUGCAUUUAUUCUUUUUUCUCUUGAAUACAGAACUUAUAUAAUAUA